AUGAGGUUGAUAGCUAAAGUAGAGCAGACUGAUGAUGGCCACUGCGAUACCGUCAUCGAACAGAUCGAGAUUGAGCGGGCAAUCGAAAGCCGUAUUAAGAAGGAAGGAGUAGCACUUCGUACCACCGAAUGCCUGGACCUGACUGACAUUGGCGUUUGGAAUGGUCACCUCCUCAUUGGACCGACCAAGGGCUUUGACUACGAAAUAGAGUGCGGGCCAAAGCUUAUUGUUACUCCGGUAUCCAUGAUGUGGGAUUUGGAAAGUUUAGAGGAAGCGGAGAAGGAGAAAGAACAGCAAGCUGACCGUGAGCUAUAG